AUGCUUUGCCUGGCACCUCCUCUGUACCAGACCCUCCGAUUCCUUCUCUUCUCCCAGGCUCCAGAACUACACUUGGGCCUGGUCAACUCUUUGCUCUAUCACUUGCCCUUGUCUCUGGCCUUACUGCUCUGGGAUCUGCUGUCCCCUGUUAUAUUUCCAGAAGAGGAUCCUGAGGGAAAUGGAAAUGGAAAGAAGAAGGAAAGGGAGAACUUCAUCAGGCUCAUAAAGCUUUCCAAACCGGACUGGCAUCUACUGACCCCAGCUUUUGUGUUCCUGACUCUUGCACUGAUGUUGGAAAUAUCUAUUCCAUACUACAUGGGACGUGUGAUUGACAUCUUGUCCAACAACUACAAGGAGACAGAGUUCCUGUUGGCCAUUUUGUACAUGGCCUUCUUUUCUGUCACAAGUUCUGUCUCUGCAGGAUGCCGAGGAGGACUAUUCAUAUUCUCCAUGGCUCGCCUCAAUAUCCGAUUAAGGGGCCUACUCUUUCGAGCCUUUGCUAAACAGGACAUUGCCUUCUUUGAAACAACUAAAACAGGAGAGAUCACGUCUCGGCUGUCACAAGACACGGCACUGGUGAGCCGCUCCAUCGCUGCCAAUGUGAACAUCACCCUGAGGAUGCUGGUGAAAUGCAUCGGUCACUAUUACUUUAUGAUAUUGGUGUCCUGGAAGCUGACACUGCUCACCCUUAUCAGCACACCGCUCAUCUGGAUUGUACAGAGCCUAUACAACAAGUAUCACAAGGACCUGGUGAAGAAGGUGCAGGAUUCCAUUGCCAGCUCCAGUGAUGUGGCAAAGGAAAUUAUUGAAUCUGUGAAGACAGUAAAGAGUUUUGCUGCGGAGGAGGAGGAGGCAGAGAGAUAUGAGGAGGCUCUAAAGAAGACGCAUCGUCUGCAAUGCAGGAGGGAUCUGGUCCGAGCUGUGUACCUACUCGCUAUCAGGACUGUUAACCUGGGUACUCAGGUGGCGAUGUUGGUGUAUGGGCACAACCUAAUCCAGAGCGGAGCUAUAACCAGCGGGCAGAUGGUGUCCUUCAUGCUGUACCAAAUAGAGUCCGGAGACUACUUACGGUCCCUGUUCCACAUGCUCAGUGAGAUCACUCAUUCCGCUGGAGCCUCCACCAAAGUAUUCCAGUACUUGGAUCAGCAGCCUCAGGUCUCCACAUCUGGAUCUUUGUGUCCUGAAAAUUUAGAAGGUGUCUUCGAGUUCAAGAAUGUGACAUUUUCGUACCCUUCCCGCCCAGAGAAUCCCGCCCUGAAGGAUGUGUCAUUCACUCUGAAGGCUGGCACUGUGACAGCUCUAGUGGGGCCCUCCGGUGGCGGGAAGACGACUUGCGUGGCAAUGUUGGAGAGAUUCUAUGAGCCUCAGAGUGGGGAAAUCCUCCUCGAUGGAAGACCACUGGCCGAAUAUAAGCACCAAUACCUACACAGAAAGGUGGCUUUAGUGGCUCAAGAGCCCAUCCUGUUUGCUGGAACAGUCAGAGAAAACAUUGCUUAUGGUCUUGACAACCCUUCUGAAAAGCAGCUGGUUGAAUCAGCAAGACUGGCUAAAGUUGAGAGUUUCAUUAAAAAUACAGAGAACGGCUAUGAUACAGGUAAGAGGGUGGCAUCGGACCGGAAGGGUUCCACCACGAGAAUGUAG